AUUUUGUUUGUGUUAUGUUAUGACACUAUAAUACUGCAGUGAAAGUUUUUGUUACAAUGUCAAAGUUGACUUUUUGUCAGAUUGUUGAGCAACACUAGACUAGUGCAUCAACAGUGAUCUGAUUUUACUGUCUCCGGAUGAUGAUAGUUACCUUGAUGAGUCUAAAGUCUGAUUAAGACGAUGAAGCUGAUCAUCCUCAAUGACUACGACCAGGCAAGCGAGUGGGCUGCAAAGUACAUUAGAAACAAGAUCAUACUCUUCAGACCUGGACCGGACAGAUACUUCACCCUGGGGCUUCCCACAGGAGGCACCCCCCUGGGUUGUUACAAGAAACUGAUUGAGUUCUACAAGACGGGCCAAAUCUCAUUCCAGUACGUAAAAACUUUCAACAUGGAUGAAUAUGUAGGAAUUGCCAGAGAUCACCCUGAGAGCUACCACUCCUUCAUGUGGAAUAACUUCUUCAAGCACAUAGACAUAAAAGCAGAGAACACCCAUAUCCUAGAUGGCAACGCUGCUGACCUGCAAGCAGAGUGUACAGCCUUUGAAGAAAAGAUAACAGCUGCUGGGGGGAUCGAGCUCUUUGUCGGAGGUAUUGGACCAGAUGGCCACAUUGCCUUCAAUGAGCCUGGUUCAAGUCUGGCUUCCAGGACUAGAGUGAAGACCCUGGCACAGGACACUAUCAUAGCCAAUGCCCGAUUCUUUGAUGGGGAUCUCUCAAAGGUGCCCACCAUGGCACUGACUGUGGGAGUGGGCACAGUCAUGGAUGCAAAAGAGGUCAUGAUUCUCAUCACUGGAGCACACAAGGCGUUUGCUUUAUACAAAGCUAUAGAGGACGGUGUGAAUCACAUGUGGACGGUGUCUGCGUUUCAGCAGCACCCACAGACUGUUUUUGUAUGUGAUGAAGACGCCACCCUGGAACUGCGGGUCAAAACUGUAAAGUAUUUCAAAGGGAUGAUGCAUGUUCACAACAAGCUGGUGGAGCCACCUCAGUCAGUGCCAAAGAAGAACUGAGGAGAUCUUAUCCAAACUUUGUGGAUCCAUGAGGCAUUUUUUUAAAACUUAACACUCCAAUGAUUCCUUUAUUUUCUGGUGGUGAUGCAUUGGUGAACACCGAGCAGUGCCUGGAGUUGACCUCAACUAAUCACUGCAGAAAUAAUCAGGUGCUUGUAUUGUGAAGGCCAUUCAGGUUUUCAUGUGAUUGCUCGAACAGCUUUGCUUCUCAUUUGUUCUUUUUAAUAAAGUGCAUUUAAUUUGUAA